AUGAGUGAUAGACCAGACUUGUCAGAAGUGCAAAGGUUUGACAGAUCAAAACUGAAGAAAACUAAUACCGAAGAAAAAAAUACUCUUCCAUCAAAGGAAACAAUCCAGCAAGAGAAGGAGCUUACCAAAAAAUCAUAAAAUGAUCUCUUUUGAAAAAGUAAACUUCAACAUGGACUAACAGUCUUGGUUUUAGGCUUUUUUUUUUUUUUUUUGUAAACCUAUGUGUUUCUAGAGAAUGGUUUCUCACCUAUACCUUACAGUUAAAUGUUAAUCAGUACCCAGUUAAGCUGUAAUCAGUACCAGGCAUUCCCUUUGUUUUUAAACUUCCUCAUUGAUGCAUACAAUUACAGAUAGUAGACACGGACAGUAAUCUCAUCACUAAUAACCACGGUUCUUAUGUAGUCCUUGUGCCUUUUA